AAAAGUGCAAACGACAGUCUGGAUGAUGUGGUGUUUAGAUAAAAGUGCAUACUGAUGGAGCGCGGUAGUAGUAUAGAUUCACCAAAGGUAUCCUCGAAAGGGAGCAAAUGGCGACGGCAUCACCACAGGUUCUUGGCGCACAAGUGCUGGAUGGAAGAGCCUCGGUCGGGUGCGCAUAGCAAUCUCUGGCGCGCACCUUCGCACGUGUGGGAUGUAGUAGGGUGCGAUGCAGUCGUACGAGUUUGGGUCGUUGAUGUAGAUGUGGGUCGUGUCGCCUUGAAUUGGCGCCACGUACGUGCGGCCAUGAACAUGGACGUGGACCAUGUGGGGCUUCUUGGAAGUUGCAUCGUUAGCCAAGCUGGGUGACGCUGCCGAAGUUGUGUCAUCAUCACGCGAACGGCCGGGUUCGUCCCGCUGGAGCAAUGCCUCGUCUUUCUGGCCUGGCUUGGCUUCGCAUGCGUGAAUGGGCUCGUCCACGGCGGUGUUGCUGCCUGUGAUGGCGAUGUUAUCCGUGCUGGGGGUCACUUGCUCGCAACUGAUCGGAUGGACAGCAUGUUGGCCCAUCGUCUGCGCUUCCCUCGCUUCAACCGUUGACGAACUGUCGCCCAAAGCACGCGCGUCCGUGCCGCCGUCACAGUGAACUUCGUCAGAGGUUGCAUCAGUAUCAAUGGGAAGGUCGCCCGAGUCAGCGCUUUUGUGAUGCUCCGCCAUCCAUUCCACGAGCUCGUAGUCGUCGCCAAGGUCGCCAAUGCUCGAUGUGUCGGUGGUCGCAUCGUCAUCUGGGACGGCUGCAGACACACACUUGGUUUUAUGGGCCAAACAUAAAUGGACGAAGCGAGUCAACCGAUCGCUUUGCACGGCCAUCUUGUCCGCCACCAAGAGCAACUCUUGAAUCUUCCCCACGAUACAUUUGCGCUCUUGGCGAACAGUGGCGUCGCCGUCGCUGAGGAUAAGGUCCAAGUCAAAGAGGAGCUUGGUCAAGUCCUCCGCUUGGCUAAGCACUCGACGGCAAUAAUGUUUGAGGCUCAUCUUCACUUGGCGAUGCCCUGCGAGGAUCCGAUCGUUGUCAUGUUUCCAAAUCGACAUGGCGAGCCACUUCUUUGCAGCUGCUGAUGCGGCGACGAUUUUCCUUUGGUUGGGCAGUCGUUGAACGAGGAUUUCUUCGAUGUCACGCGCAGUCUUGGCAACGUUGUGGAGCUGACUCUGCGCGUCGUUGGGGGCUGUAGGGGCUUGCGUCAUGAGAGAAAGUUCAAAAGUGAUCGUCCCAGUUGGAUAGCAUGUUGGACAACGGAUCGCAU